AGGCACAUGGCCUGUGCUGUUUAUUAUGUGUAAAUAAAAUUUUGUCCCUUGCCAUACCCACUCAUCAUUGCAGAGGAUCCAAACUCAUGAUCCAUUAAUAAAUUAGUACCGGCACUAUAGGAUUCCUCUUGCCUGUGUCAUUGCCAACACUGCUAUAUAAAUGGCUUAGGGAGGAACACUCAUAGAGAUCCAGAACUGAACACCAGUAGUAUAGGAGAUAUAUCAUCUAGCUAGCAAUGGCUGCCCGCAAUGGUAGCAGGAGGACAAAGACGGAGCAGUGGCUGUUCAGUGGGAGAUGGAGGGGAACUGUCAAAGAGACACGACAUGCUGUUGCCUCUGAGGAUAAGCCUCCAAAUCCCGCCAUGGUUCAGAAGGAUGAGGAUAUCUGCCUUGAGAAGUCUAGAGUGCAUCUGCCUGGUCUGGGACAGAGGGAGAUCAUUGACAUAGCACCUGGGAGGAAAUCGAUGCCGGAGAUGGAGAUCAACAUGAAGGAAGUUGUUGCGGUGCUGGGGGUGAAGGUGAUGGCUGCAGACAUGCCACCAUUCAUGCAGUUGCAUGCAUUCCGAUGUGCUAAGCGAUCCCAUGAUAGCUUGGACAAGUUCAGUUCAAGGCAGGUGGCCCAUGACGUGAAGAAGGAGUUUGAUAAAGUGUAUGGUCCUACAUGGCACUGCAUCGUCGGUACAAGCUACGGUUCUUUCGUGACACAUUCCAGAGGUUGCUUUCUCUACUUCUCCAUGGACAAGAUCAUCGUGAUGCUAUUCAAAACCAAGAUCAGAAAAGUGUCAGCAUCUUGAGCCUUUGCAAUAAGAUGGAUUAUUAUCUCUGUCCCAUUACUCAUUCACCUUCAUGGUGACUGGUUAUAGUCAGGAUAUGAUUGUGAGGUUGGAGGUUGGGAACAGAAGAGCCAGCCAACCUCAACUAUAUGGUUGUUAUUUGUGAGGUGCAACUACUGAACAUGGCACCGUAAUGCUCUGCACUUGUAUAUUGAAUUAACAGUUGAAAAAGGGCGAUGAUUAAUGGACAGCUCUGACAAGAUACAGCGAUCACCGUCAGGAUCACGUUGUAAGAUUCCUAAUUAGUAGAUCGAGUCGUCUCAGUCAGGACAUGACUUGGUCAUCAUUUGUAGAUUAAUCAAGAGGUUUCCCGUUCAGUACUGGACAGCUGGAACAAGAAAUUCUGUCACGCAGCAUGUGACAAUCAAUCGACAGGCUUAACAGGGAGAGUUCUUAACAUUUCUUCCAUGGACAGUCGUAUUAGGUCCAUUGCUUUGUGAUUUUGAUUUUUUAGAA